AUGGCAUCUUCUUCAACAUUCUUCAUUCAGCAUAGCUACAAGUAUGAUGUGUUCUUGAGCUUUAGUGGUGAAGACACACGUAAAAGCUUUGUUGAUCAUCUUUAUGUUGCUCUUCAACGUCAAGGAAUUCACACUUACAAGGAUGAUGAAAGUCUGGAGAAAGGGAAAAAGAUUAAUGUUGAGCUCUUGAAAUCCAUUCAAGACUCAAAAUUCUACAUCAUUAUUUUCUCAAAGAACUACGUAUCUUCCUCUUGGUGCUUGGAUGAGCUUGUGAAGAUAAUGGAAUGUCAAAAAAAUCCCGAGCAGAUUGCUUACCCUGUGUUCUACGAUGUGGAGCCCUCUGAAAUCCGUAAACAACUUGGGGGUGUUGGAAAAGCUUUUGCCAAACAUAAAAAGAAAGGAGAAGUCAAGAAGUGGAAAGAGGUUCUGGAAGAAGCAUCAAAUCUGGCUGGGUGGGAUUUGAGGAAAACUGAUGAUGGGCAUGAAGCUAAACUCAUCAAUAAAAUUGUUGAAAAGAUUUCAGUGGAGUUACGUUUCAGUAAUUUGAAUGUUGAUGAAAAAUUAGUAGGCAUGGAGAGCCGGAUAAAUGAUAUUGUUUCAUCUUUGGAAACUGGUGCUGAAGAUGUUCGUAUCAUUGGGAUCAAGGGGAUUGCAGGUGGUGGAAAGACCACUUUGGCUAGAGCUAUUUUUGACAAAAUACACUUUCAGUUUGAAGGCAAAAGUUUUGUUGAGAACGUGAGAGAAGUUGCAAAAGCCUCAUUAUCCGGGUUGCAAUCGUUGCAAGAACAAGUACUUUCCAAUGUUUUGAAUGAUAAAAGAAUCACUGUAGGGAGUGUUCAUGAUGGUAAAAGCAUGAUGAAAAAGAUGUUGAGUGGUAAAAAAGUUCUUCUUAUUCUAGAUGACGUGGAUGAUAUAGACCAGAUGGAUGCAUUAGCUGGUGGGGUUAAUUGGUUGAAAUCCGGAAGUAGAAUUAUCAUUACUACAAGAGAUGAACAAGUGCUUGUAGCAUACAGAGUUAUGUGGAUUCAUGAUGUCAGCCUGUUAUCACAUAAAGAAGCAAUUUGCCUCUUUAGUAGGUAUGCAUUUGGUAGAGAUAUUCCAAUUCGAAGGUACAACGAUCUAUCUCUCAAAGUUGUACAUUAUGCUGCUGGUCUUCCCUUAACGAUUAGAGUUUUGGGUUCAUUUCUUUGUGGUAAAGAUGAGCUUGAAUGGAAAGAUGCACUCAAUAGACUAAAAACAAUUCCAUUGAAGGAAACUCAAGAAAAGUUGGAAAUAAGUUAUACCGGCCUCGAGGAUGAUUAUAAGGAAAUAUUCCUGGAUGUUGCAUGCUUAUUGAAAGGUUGGCUGAAAGACGAUGCAAUUAGAGCACUUGAAAGUUGUGGAUUUCAUGCUAGGAAUGGCUUGAGAGUUAUUGAGCAAAAAUCUCUCAUGACUAUUUCUCCUUAUCAAAGGUUAGGAAUGCAUGAUCAUAUAGCAGAAAUCGGCCGAAAUAUUGUUCGUCGUCUACAUCCUGAUGAGCCCCUUAGACAUAGUAGAUUGUGGAUUCGAAAGGAGAUUGAAGAUGUAUUGGCCAAUGACUUGGUUUUUCUAAACAGACAAAACAUGAUUGGAUUUUUUGAAUGGUUUGGAAACUUUGUUAGCCUCGUUACGGAAGCCACAAGAGCUCUAGCAACCAACACAUUUCCAUGGGGUAGAGAGAAGAACCUCCGUUCGAAUAAUAUUCUUACAAUUGGUUUCGAAAACAUGAAGAAGCUUAGAUUUCUUCACAUGGUUUCUGAGACCCAUGAUUUGUUUACCAAGGUUAAAGUUGGCAGAAACUUCCCAAAUGCCUUACGCUUUUUGUGUUGGCAAGGAUAUCCUCAUUUCUGUUUACCAAGAACAUUUCAAGCAGAUAAUCUGGUUUCACUAGAAAUGCCUUACAGCAGAAUGGAACAACUAUGGGAAGAAGGAGAAGGAAAGGUUCUUAAUAACCUCAAAUUCCUAGACUUCAGUUACUCAAAAUUGAAGACCCUUGAUUGUGGCUUACUUCCGAAUCUGGAGAAGUUAAAACUUGAAAAAUGUAAGCAUUUGGUUGAACUUCACACCCCGAUUGGAUCUCUAAGAAGGCUUGUUUACUUAAACUUAAGUCAUUGCCAUGGACUCGAUUAUAUUUCAUUUGUCAAGCAGCUGGAAUCACUUCAGGUCCUUCAAAACCUCAGAUUCCUUGACUUCAGUCAUUCGUAUUUAAUGAUCCUUGAUUGUGGCCUAUUUCCCAAUCUCGAGAAAUUAAAUCUUGGAAAAUGUUAUUAUUUGGUAAACCCUCACACGCCCGUUGGAUGUCUUAGAAGUCUUGUCUACUUAAACAUAAAUCAUUGCAGGGGAUUCGAAUCUCUUUCAUUUAUCAAACAGCUGGAAUCACUUCAAGUUCUUGAUCUAAGUUAUUUAUAUCUAUCGAAGCUCCCAGAUAUACUUCCUGGGCACUACAACUAUAGUUUAUUGGAGCUUAACUUUUCAAGGAACGACUUCAAAGAACUACCCUCAUCAAUUGGAAAUCUUCAAAACCUUGUUUGUCUAGACCUUAGUUGGUGUAAAAACCUCAAGAGUCUCCCACAAAGCAUAUGUAGUUUACGAUGUCUAAAAGACUUUGACCUUGAAAGCUCUGCAAUAAAGGAAUUGCCGGAAGAUCUUGGCCAUAUAGAAUGUUUAGAAUUGCUAAAUUUAAGGUCUACACCUGUCAAAUAUCUCCCUAACAGCAUUUGUAAGUUGAAACAUCUGAAAACUCUGCUCCUUGCAUAUUGUAAGGUUCUAAAGAAGUUACCCGAGAAUAUUGGCCUAUUAGAAUCAUUGGAGGAACUAAGUCUAGCGUUUUGCAAGAUAAGAGAUGUACCGAGUAGCAUCUGUAAAUUGACAAGUCUAAGAGAGUUUAACCUUCGCUACUGUGAUCAACUAGAGAAACUGCCCGAGAAACUAGGUGAAUUAACAUGUUUAAAGAAGUUAAAUGUACAAGGGACAAAUGGAUCUGAUUCUGAACAGGAAUCCUUCAAUAGUAAUGCUAUUGACUCGCCUGGUAGGAAAACCAAGCUGUGGAAACCUAUUGUUCCUAAAGAAUUUAUGCCAGAUGUAGAUGCUACUUAUCAAUCAUUAGAGGAGGUGGUUGAAAUGUAUAAAUUAUAUGCAGAUAAAGCAGGUUUUGGUGCCAGAUCAACAUACACUUUGGAUCCUGAGGGAACUAGAAGGAAUAAACGAAACUCAAACUUCAUAAUCACAAACUGCAAGGAAUUAAUAAAGUUUGAACGACUACAUAUGGGAACUAAUGCUUGUAAAAUAUUUGAGUUCGAAGAGAAGCACAACCACCCCAUAGAUACUAAAGAAGAAAGAUGGUAUUCCAAAUGUGCACGACGACUUCAUUAUAAAGACAAGGAGUUUAUAGUGCGUUCCUCAACAUCUAACAUUGGUGCAACAAAGGCACAUAAGUUACAAGCUAGUUUGCAAGGAGGUUAUGAAAAUGUUGGCCCUAAAGUAAUUGAUUAUAAAAAUUUUAGAAGGAAGAUGGGAAACAUUAUAGGUGACAAGGAUGCACAGCUGGUUGUUGAUAAAAUAAACAUGAGGAAAGAUGAGUUACCUAACUACAAAUUUUAG